AUGACUGCUGAGGAUAUUGAGAAUGUCAUGGAUGAUGUCAGAGAAACUUUGGAAGAUGCAAAUCAAAUAUCUGAAGCACUUGGUCAAAAUAUUGGCCCUGUCAUGGAUGAAGGAGAAUUAUUGGACGAAUUGGAACAAAUGGAGGAUGCCAUUCAUAAAGAGGAAAUGAAAGCUCUUCAAUUACCUCAAGAAAACCUAUCGACGACUGAGAGGAAAGAAGGUUGUUAA